AUGUCAGGUCAUGACGUGAGCAUCGUCAUCCUCCGUGACUUGCAGAAGCUGCAGAAGAAGUUCCUGACGUGGCGUGAGUUCACAGAGUAUCACGCGAUGGUGCUGUUCCCGCAUGUGCCAAACACCAUUAGCUUCGCUGACGCUUACGCCAUGCACAUCCCCAUUUUUCUUCCCGCCGAGCCAGAGGCAUGGACGUGGGCGUGGUCGCAGUCUGACCCCUAUGCCGGCCCAGGGUUUCCCUUGAAGCAGCAGAGCUCACCAUGGAAUUUCGCUGCUAAGGCCCCUGAUUGGUACAAGAAAGCAGGCGGGGAUAGCAGACAUCCCAAUCCUGCCUUCACGCACCUGGAAGUCAAGUUCCAAAUGACGGACCUGCUUGACCAUGCGUAUUGGUACCAGUACACUGAGUACUACCUCCUGCCACACACACGCACUUUCAGGGGCAUCGCAGAUCUGCUGGUGCAGCUGCGGGGCUACACCAUCGAAGAUGCCCUGGAGGACAGCCGACGAAUCGCUUUGGAGCAGGCAAAGCGGGAGGCGUACGUCAUCUCAUGGAUGUCGGUCGUCAUGGCACAAGCGAUAACUUCCAGCUGA